CAGGAGAAGAGGAAUGAGGAGGUUUUUCAGAGUCCACAGGAAUGAGGACUACAGCCAGAUCCAGUAUCUCACCGCCAAGUGCACCCGCCUGUCACAGGAAAAUGCAGUGCUGGAGAGGGAGUGUGUGGCGGCCAGGGAGGGAGAGAGGGCACUGCAGGCUCAGAAGGACGGUCUGACCCUUCAGCUACGGCAGAAGGAACAGGCCAUCCUCGAACUGAGGGUCGAACACGACCAGCUGGUUAACCAGGUCAACCAGGAGAAGGAGCUGGUGGAGAUCCUAAAGCGCCGCGUGCGCUCCAUGGCGGAGGAGAGCUGUAAGGAGGCGGCCCUGCUGGGGCUGCAGCUGGAGCAGGUGGGCAGCGAGCUGCAGCUGCUGCUGGGCUCUGAGGCGCGGCUGGAGGGCCUGGUGGAGACCCUCAGGGCCCAGGCCAAGCACAGAGAGGCCCAGGUCAAGGGGCUCAAGGCACAGCUGCACAGCAAGAACCGGGAGUUGGAGGACGUCCAGGGUGACUACUCUUCCCUUACUCAGGAGCUACAGGACAUGCGCAGCGCCUACCACAGGACGGUGGAGGAACUGCAGCAUGAAAACGAAGGAAGCCUGCAAAAGCUGCGUGAAACGGCUGAGCAGUUUGAGUGGCUAUGUGAGCAACAGCGUAUCUGGAUGUGCGGCUUCAAAAGAUUCAAAGAUAGUCUCUCCGAGGAGAAGGAAUCCUUGAUUCUUCAAGUAGACAGGUUGCAAAAGGAGGUCGCUGAACUGAGGAAAAGCUCGCACUCAUCAAUCCAGGACCCAGAGGAUGUGGACAUUCCACUUUACAGCCGAGAGACCCCCUGGGACGUGGACGUGAUGUCCGGCCUGCAGGCCGAGGUGGACAGGUGGAGGGGCAUGUACGAGGAGCUCUUCAGCAAACUCACGCCAACCCAGGGGGAGGACGCUGUCAACGGAUACCAGAAACCCCCGUGAGGACCCCGUGGAGAACCGACGUUCAGCUCUCCUUUUUUUUUUUUUUCGGUGUCCCGGUGUCAAACUUUUUCUCUUUUUGUCUUGGAGGCACUCCUAAUGCCGAGGCUGCUGUGGGUGGCUGAGUUCCCGGUGUAGUGGAAAAGCCCAUUCUCUUGGACUGUCCCUCUCUCUUUGUCUCUCUCUCUCUCUCUCUCUGUCUCGCCUGUCAUUACUCACCAAGCGUAAGAUGAGCAACUUGGCCUCCGAGGGGCUCUUCUGGGCCUGCGUCCCUGUAACCCGCGGCCUUGCGAUAGCGUGGACCUAAUGCACUUACCUCUGUAUUUAUCUGUUUGCUAUUGUCAUGUGUUGACUGUCUAAUAAGGAUUAUAAGCGCGUCCAAGACAGCCCAGGGACCUUUCUGUGGAUUGCUGUGCUUCCAAGUGAAAAAGCAGACACACAGUGGAUAACUUUGUUCGGAGAUGAUGUGACAUAGCGGAGAGUAGUGUUUGAUGUGUCUUGGCUAAAUGUAGUCCAACAACAUUGUCAUGUAAUCCUUUAGAUCCUUACUUGGCUACUUGAGAUUUGUUAAAUAAAUAAAGAUGUUUAUUUGAAGAGUACUAUGUCAGGAGCUACAUAACAGCACACUGCACAUUCUACUAUUUAUACAAUGCAGUGCUUAACUAGUGAUUUACUCUUUCUUACAU